CGCAAAAUCGAGCCCAAACAUGCGCCGAAAUAUCGACAUUAGAUGCUUCGUGCACAAGCUUUCUCUUAAACGUGAAUUAUGUAGGUCAUCGAGCAAAAAUCCAAUGCAAAAUUAGUACAAUAUUUCCUCUGUCCGCUCUUUAGUGAGCCUGCAGCAGCACCCAGAAGUGAACAAAGCGACCCGGAAGCGGUGGUCCGACUGGAGGCAGGCAGAAAGAACAUCAAGCUUUUAUAUUAUAGCUGUACUCGCAAGACAAUAUCUGCAACCAGGACACAAGGAUGGCAGAGCCUCGAUUUAACAAUCCGUAUUUCUGGCCACCACCUCCCUCCAUGCCAGGCCAGCUGGAUAACCUGGUGCUCAUUAACAAGAUCAAGGAGCAGCUGAUGGCAGAGAAGAUCCGACCCCUACACCUACCACCUACCUCCACCCCUUCCCAGCAGCCUUUGCUGGUGCCCACCUCUUCCCCUGAUGGUAGCGCUCAGCACGGCAUGCCAGUGCCAAAGCCACAGCCGCAGCAGUUGCCGGGUCAUCACCCUCAGCCACAGGGCUCUGUGCAGCCGGACAUCGCUCUGCACGCACGGCCUGCCUCCAGCUCAGCACCAGAUGGAAAUAUGGACGACAAAUCAGCAGUGAAGGCUAAAGGACUGUGGGAGGACUGGCACAUGAGACAGCUCAGUGAGCAGGCUGGACGGGUUAACCAUCGCUCAGGUCAGUAUGCCAUAGGCGUUUGUCUUGAGAGUUCUGGUUUCCCCCCCAUAGGUCUGGCUCCUUCCUCCCGACCUGACAGCCACAGCACCUCAGAGGCCCUGACUCCCACAACUCCAACCUCCAGUGCCCAUAACCGCCUGGGCGGUGCCCCCUCUGUGAACAUAAUCUCUGGGCUCGCUAGCGGUCCUGGUAUGGACCACAUGAAAGCUGGAGGCCUGGCUGGACUUUUGGGCCCCCCUCCGAAAGCCCCCAGAGGACGGAAGAAGAUCAAAGCUGAAAACCCAUCAGGUCCUCUGCUGGUGGUGCCCUACCCCAUUCUCGCUGACCAAGGCUGUGUCACUGUUGCACCCAAAGAGGGCAAAACCUACAGAUGCAAAGUGUGCCCGCUUACCUUCUUAACCAAGUCUGAGAUGCAGAUUCACUCCAAGUCCCACACGGAGGCCAAACCACACAAGUGUCCCCACUGCUCCAAGACAUUUGCCAAUGCCUCCUAUCUGUCCCAGCACUUGCGCAUCCACCUGGGGAUCAAACCCUACCACUGCUCCUACUGCGAGAACUCAUUCCGUCAGCUGUCACACCUGCAGCAGCACACAAGAAUCCACACUGGCGAUAGGCCUUAUAAAUGUGCUCAUCCUGGAUGUGAAAAGGCUUUUACCCAGCUGUCUAACCUCCAGUCUCACCAGAGGCAGCACAAUAAAGACAAGCCGUAUAAAUGUCCUAACUGCUACCGUGCCUACUCAGACUCUGCAUCAUUGCAGAUUCACUUGUCAGCGCAUGCCAUCAAAAACGCUAAGGCCUACUGCUGUAGUAUGUGUGGCCGGGCAUACACCUCAGAGACCUACCUUAUGAAGCACAUGUCCAAACAUACAGUGGUAGAGCACCUAGUGAGCCACCAGUCGCCUCAGAGGACGGAGUCCCCCAGCAUCCCCAUCCGCAUCUCCCUCAUCUGAGCUCCCCAGCCACUCAGCAGCAGGUUGGAUUCAGAGUUGACGUUAGGCUGGAGCUUAUGAGGCCCUGCACCCACCGCCAUCUACAUAAGGCUUACAUUAGCAUUAUGACAGCUGACAUAAGCAUUCAGUAAACAGGCUGCCUUCAUCCAUCCACACAGGCCGUCUGUCAAAAAUGAGCACAGCGUUAUUUUGUGAAUGUAAAGAAAAAAAAGAGAAACAGAUAGAUGUUUGGAGGAUCGACUGGCAAAGAAUGUCUUGCGUCAGAUUUAAUAAGCACUUUCGUAAGCGUCAUGUAAACUGCCGGAUGCAUUGGCCAUUAAUGUUUUAGUUUUGUUUUUUUCUUCCCUUCUUCCAUGAAAUGGUUUCCCAAAAUGUGCCAGAUGAUAUUUGCCCUUAAAAAGAAAUUGAGAAAGUAUAAAAAUGUUUGCUGGGUGUAUUUUGGAGACAUCCAAAGAUAAUCUUAAAGCACUUUUAGGCCUUGUGGUUUUGGCUCAAAUUGUUUCAAUCUUGUCAGAUGGAAAAUGCCAAAGGGCAUUACUUGUGGCAGCUAAGAGUACUGACUGUGUGUAGAGAACAGGCUUUUCUGUUACUUCCUUUGUUUUUACUCACACCUACAGGGUCAUCUAAAAUUGAAGCAAGGCAAUCGGUAGAUGACAAUUUAAACAUUUAAUGAUUGUAUAAAGAAGUUGUAUUGUUAACUUUGUGAGGCAAAAGUAGAUUAAAACGUAAGGGAAGAAAGAUGAAUGUUUUUCUUUUUUGCUUCUAAAAUUUUUCACUCAUAUGUUCACUUUUAUGGCACCUUUAUGAUCAUGAUGAAUGAUCAACAAACACUGCUUUAGAUAUUAUGUUUUCCUCAUGUCCCAUUUUCUAGUGCCAUAUAUAUAAACCUUGCUGAGGUUUAAAGAGGAAGCUCAUCAUGUCAUAGAGUGUUUGCUUUCUUUAACCAGUUAAGCUUUGACUAGUGUUAGCAGUUGGAAAAAUUGCACAUGUAUCAGUGCCAGCUGUGCUCAAAUAAUCCCAAAUUUGGUAAGAAAUGCUUGAAAUGACAUUUUAUGGGAGUGGUGAUUUUUAAAAUUUGAUAAAUAUUGGACCAAAAUGUGAAGUUACUGUACAUCUACUUUGACCCAGUUAUGUAUUUUUAUUUUCAUCUAAAUAAGCUUUACCCACUUGGAAUAAACUGCAGUAUAAGUCAUACUCCAUUAUUCUACAUUAUGAGUUUAUGUGGAGGUGAUGCCUCUCCUUUAAUUUUUUUUUCUCAUUAGUAUUCUUUUUAUUGUACUCAGUAUUGUUUGUUGUAUUUUUACUGUAACCUUAACCUCUGGAUGGUACUAAUAGGGUACCCUGCAUUCUUCAGGGCACUUCAGAAAAGGUGCUACAGCUAAGCGUCACUUGGGGAGAUGGAACUGAGAAUAAUGUAAAAUACAUAUACAGUAUAUAGUAUGUUUUCAAAAGAUUAAAAACUUAUUACUCAAGCCACUGGCCUGAAAACAUUUACGCCAACAACAGACCCUGCCUCUUUAACCUACUCCCUCUUCUGACAUAACGGGAAAAUGUACAUGUUGCUGUACUGUAAAACAUGUUACUCAUUUAAAGCUCCUAUUUUUAAGUUUUCAUAAACAUGCUCUGUUUGGUUUUUUGUAAAAGUUUAUGUAUGAACUUUAUGUAAUUAUUUUAGUCUACUCGUAUGUUAUUAAUAUUCAUGUUUUAUAUCAGUUAUUUACAUGUAAGCCUUAACUGUUUUAUCAUCACAUUUCCAUUACUCUGUAUUGUGUUCUGCAGUAUUCAGUCGUGUAAACAUUUUUAUUUUUAUCCUUCCGCAUGGAGUUCCUGAGCUGUAAUCUGUAUGAUAACUGUUUAACCCAUGUUCUCUAUGAAAAGAUAUUGCGUAGAUUUAUUACACUUUUUUCCUGUCUUGCAUUGUGGUUUCAUAUACAGUUUCUAGACAACUAAAUAUGCACAGCCAAGACUGAGAAGUUAAACUAAGGUUAUCAAUGUUUAAAAAAGGAAAAAAAGCUUUGUAUCUUUACCUUGUUUAAUAAACAGACUGUUAUAAAUUCA